AUGGAGAAUAAUGGUCGAGUAUGCACCAUUUGUAAUAGGUUCUUUUCUAAUGGGAAGGCUUUGGGAGGCCACAUAAAAUCCCACUAUUCCAAAUUACCAAUCCCUCCAAAACCUCCAUUAAGUAGGCAAGUACCUGAAUAUUCAGUAGAGUCAACCCAACCUCCAAAUCACUUUAUCACCACAUCUUCCUUAUCAACUACAAAUACAAGAAAUAACUCCAUACACAAUCUUAGAUCUUUGAAAAGAAACUGCUAUUAUAACCUAGAAAACUUUGGUAGGAAAAUUGUGUUCGAGUUUUAUCCAAAAAAACCAACUGGAAAAAGAUCGAAACGCAGUCGUAGACAAUUCAAUGUGAUUGAAGAAAAAGAAAAGAAUACCCAAAUUAGCGUGGCUGGAGAAAAAGAAGAGAAUGCACAAUUUAAUGUCGCUGAAGAAAAUGAAGAGAGCAUACAAUUUCAAUUAGUGUAUGAUGAUCAUGAUAUGGAAGCUGCUAAAACACUGGUUAUUAUUUCUGCGAAAGAAUGGCAACAUAUCGAGGAGAAAUACUAUCAAAAGAAGGCAAAAGUUUGUGAAAGUGAUCCCGUUGGAUUUAAGUGUGAUAUUUGUCAUGAAGUGUUUCAAUCUCAUCAAGAUUUUGUUGGACAUGAUAAAAUGCAUAAGGAAAGUAAUAAUCUAUAUGAAGAAGUCAGCGUAAGUGGAAACGAAGAUGAUAUUGUAUAUGCAGAAGUGCAUAAGUGUAUGUAUUGCUUCGAAAUCUUUGAAUGUGAUGAAUUACUUGAGAAACACAGGAAGGGCAUUCAUGUAAUGAGGAAAAUAGUUGCUCAACCUAGAUUUAGGUUUUUAAACAAUGUGGUGGAACAAGCAGAUUAUGCAAAGGAGAAGCUUAGCAGGAACUUGUUUAAUACUGAGUUGAUGCAAGAAGUGGAGAGGAUAACGGGUAAAUUUAUACAGGCUACUGAAGAAGAGGAAAAACUUCUCAGACAAAGAUCUAAAGUUGAUUAG